ACCAGAUGACGAUUUGUCUCCUACUCGACCGCGUUAACCCGAUGGAUGGAUGUGCUCAUGAAGUCACCAUCAAAGAGUAGGCUACUGCGGUUGCCUGAAGCCAUGCGCCUGUUUCGGGUUAGUCGCUAGGGGCUCCUCUGCCACUGUUCGUUCCACCACCUCACUAUUUGAGCUCAAUACUCGACUCGGAGGCGAUGAAUGCUGCGCAAUAAAACUAGCCGAUGUUCACUUGUUUAUUGCGCAAAAAUCAGCGAGGCUUUUUGCCUCCUGUUGGUGCCCAUUGCUCGAGCAGCCGCAGUGGUAUUACUGACAGCAAACAGGAACCUUGGAAUAAACCCCCAACUCUUAUCAUUCAAGAUGUCUCUAAGCGCCAUCUCGCGCUCUCCGCAAUUCGAUCUCUUCAGCGCGCUACCCAACGAACUAUUACUCGAAAUCCUAGAUUCAGUGGCAGAUGACUACAACGCCAGACGGAAAGCCUUCUCCGUUCUCUCCCUCGUCUGCCAUCGCUUCUGCUCUCUCGCCACCCCACUCCUGUAUGAGACCUUUGAGACCGGCUGUAAUGAGCAAUCCGAGCUGUUCAGGCAGUCGAUUUCUGCGCGUCCAGAGCUUGCGGGACAUGUCAAGCGCUUCGUAGAUCGGACUAAGAGCUUGCGCGGUAGCAAGCAGCGCCCCCUCGCGUACCUUCAGUAUGCGGAUAAGCCGUAUGCCAAUGCGCUGGAAAGAGCCGCACAGCUGCAGGUUCCGGAAGAUGUGCUGCGAGGAAUCUCGGAGCGGUAUACGCCGGAUCUGGAGAAUCUCUUCCUCAUCGCUCAAUGCCCUAAUAUCGAAGAGCUGGAAGUCACGGACCGCGAUUUCCUCAUUAGGACGCCGUUAGCGUACGCAGCGAGGAACCUACCCCUAGGUCUAUAUCACCAAUUCGAGCGCCUGCACACGCUUUCCGUCACCGUAAAUGUGUGGCGCGAAUACCAUUUCAGCGCCCUGCACACCAUCUUCUCGCUUCCCACACUGCGCACCCUAAUCCUCAAAGAGGCCGCAAUGAGUAAAGUCGAAGAGCACACCUGGUGGCACGGCGACGAGAAAUGGGACUACACCGCCAAAUCCUCCUUUAUCCAAGAACUCGUCCUCGAGCAAUGCGGCAUGGACUGCAUUUGGCUCGCCAGCGCCAUCUCGGCCUGCCGCACACUCCGUCGCUUCCACUGCGAGUUCCAGCAUCAAAUCUACCGAGGCAUGGGCGGAGAGCACUUUUAUGGAACGGUUGGGAGGGCGCUGUUGGAACAUUCGAGUUCCCUUGAGGAUGUCAGAAUCAAUGAGCUCAACGGGUGCGCAUCGUUUAGGCAUCCGACGCCAGUUCCCCUCGUUUCCUGGGAGGGCUGUUAUGCGCUGACGUACUUCGAUCUCCCGCUGUAUGCUCUGCUGGCGCCGACGGGCAUUGUUGUUGUAGAGAACAGUCUACCGCCCGGCGGACAAGUCUCCAGGACGGGGGGCGUGCCGAUUGAUAGAGUGCUGCCGCGCUCGGUGUGCGUACUCACUGUGGAUGUUCGCGCGCAUAGAGAGGGAGCGAGCGACCAGUUCUUCAUCGACGUCGCCGACGCUGCAGCACAAGGCUAUCUGAAAGCCCUCUCGCGCGUAGAAGUUAUCUGCCGGCUCGAGUUGCGCACUUUUGGCGGUUUACUGCCGCUGCACUUCUGCCACUUGAGGAGGAUGUUCGAGAGUCAGGGUGUUGAGUUCAUCUACUGUGUCGAAAUGGUCGAUUGCGAAUUCAUAGCAGCCGACUACAACAACACGCUUGAGCAGUACAAGCGCAGCGGCCCGGACGGCAAGGAAAUCGCCUCUCACUUCUCAUUAGAGAAUGGGUGCUUUCGAGGGUGCCAGCCCCCUUACGAGGACCCGCUGCCAGAUCUCGCGGGGAAGAGUAUUUAUAUGGAGCCCUGGGCGGGUGGCGCGGAGUUUGAGUGGAGCGGAAAUAGUAGUUAAAAAGAGAAAACAUGCAGAGAAGCAGUCGACAGCAGUGCCAAGCACGCAAACGGAGGGACAUCAACGAUAACUCCAGGUCCUUACUUCG